AUGCCGCUCACGAGGAAUUCCCGCAAAAGGGAGACAGACGCGUCCAUGUCAAACCCAAUCUCCUUGGAAAACUCUUCAGAUGACGACCUGGGCUCAGAGGAUGACCACAUGACAACAGCCCAGGAUAUAUCUGUAGACGAGGGACGCGCGGAGCUGGAAAGCAACGACAUUGACUCGGAAGACAAUAUGAGCUCAGUAGAGGAAUCCUCGCAGAGGAAGUCCACACAUAGCCCAGAACACGCUGGUCGUGACGCUGAAGAUAGACGUGACAAGGUGCACCGGCACAAACGUAGAAGACUCUCCAAGAAGAGGCACGUAAACUCGCAGGAUGAAAGCGCGGAAGAUCUGCAAGAAAUGGCUGCUGACAUUUCAAGUGCUGCUGAUGUAGAAGAUACCGACGACGUUGAUGUUGAGACUGAGGAGAGUUCCAAAACCAAGGAUGCUAUGGCCGAGGACGGUUCUUCUUCGGACAGUUUCUUCAAAUCUGGCAGUGAGUCGACCGAAGGAAAUUCCCAGCAACGCGCUACGAAGGCCUCCCUGGAUUCUGAGGAUGAGACAGGUUCCGAGCCCGAGUCGGACGACCUUCAGAUUGUAGAAACGCAUAUCCUUCCUGAUACUCAGAAGUUCUUACGCAAACGGAAAGGCCCGCGGCCAGAAUUGGCACGUUUGCUGGAGCUUCGGAACGCGCGGACCAUGCGGGGCAGGCGGAGAGCCAAAAUGAAGAACAGCGGAGCCAACUCUUCGUCUCUGCUCAAUAGAACCACUUUCAAAGUCGUUGACCUCAAUAGCGAUUCAGAUAACGAGCUCAGUGACUCCAGCCACAUCUCACAAGACACCCCUGUUUCACUUUUUGUCGUUUAG